CACUCCAUAAGGGCUUAUUAGUUCCAUCAGUAAAUCUGUACGACGUGCAGGAUUAGGAAAUGAGAGUGAAUAUUGUAUAUUUCUGAUAAAAACCUUCUUGCUUUGUAUUUAGUACAGAUAUUAAUAAAUAUAUAGAGGGGGCAUAGUUGACACUUCGAUCCUCAAACAUCUUAAUAUAAUAAAUUAUAUUUAAAUUAAUUGCAGAUAGGUGUCACUCUAUAAUGUUAUGAUUUUAUAAAAUGUUUUAUUACAUGUAAAUGCAAGUACACGAGGUGGAGAAACUUAACGACUGAUAGAGCACUUUUCAGAGGAAGUAUCGGUGAAAAAAUGUUGUUUACUAUGCCUUGUCUAUAUACUAUUUAAAUGUCUUUGAUUCAGUUAGUCAUGGUUAUGAAUUUAGUACUUAUUUGAUAGAUUAAGAUAAAUUAUACGUUGCUUGGAAAUAGUAGAGCAACAUGAAACAAAUUAACUGAAAUUGAAUAGAGGUAAUGUUAGUUAUUACGUGUACCCAACGUCUAAUGUUAGCGGGAAUAUUUAUUCGACCUUACAACUUUGAAAUAGAUAAAUUAAUGACAAACGACGCUUUUACCAGUUGUAGCUUACUUUAAAAAUAGACGUCUAGUAUGUAUUUAUGAUUUAUUACCGAGCAAUCUAGAACUUUGUAAACGACGUAGGGAAAAUAACUACAUAUACUUUGUUUAGACAAUCUAGAUAUCAUUGUUAUUAAGUGUAUUACAUGAAAUAAUAAAAACUUCAUACUACAUUAACACGUUUAGUGCCACCUUAGUUUAUUCAUUCGCAGGAAUGGUAGUGGCGUGGAAUAAUCCAUUUAAAUUAUUGUAUUGCUCAGCGAAAUGACAAUCGAACAAUCGAUUCGUCGUAGAGAACUGGAAAUAAAUAAUUCAAACAUUGGAUGUUAUUUUUUAUUGUAAGAGUUCCCUGGGGAGUGGAAAGUUAACUGCAGUCAGUCACGUGGGGUUGGCCCGGGGGUGUCUUUACGAUAUUGACUUGAUAAACUUCGUAAACGUAUGAAUUAUUAGAACUGUUCAAUGCAAAAGCGCCUAAAACAAUUAUUUUUUUUAAUUCUUGUUUGAAAAUUCAAUAUUUUAUUUGUAUGUGCCCAGAACUAUAGAUCCAAUUCCUGAGAUUUCGCUGAUAACUCGGCGAAAGCAAAGCCUGAGCCAAUUCGGAGUGAUGUCUAUGUAUUCGAGCCUAAGAGUCUGGCUUAGUGAACAUGAAAUAAUAACAAAGAUUUCGGUGGCGGGUUGUUUGAUCGCUUUUUACAGAAAACGGGCGUGUCACGAAAACUCUGUAAUAAAUCAUUUCGGUGUUCCUCGUGAUGCCCGAAUAGUUGCCGUUUGCCGGCUGGCGGGACAGUGCAAGGCGGGCGGGCGGUCCGCGUGGUUGCAUGAAACACGUUCACUAAUUCUCUUUCGGAAAACAUGAAGCGAGUUUCGUGAAUGUUUUGAAUACUUUUUUAAUUCAUCUCUAUCAUGAUUAUAUUCAGUGAAAAUGGAAGACGAAAAUGAUGAACAUUUUAUAUUUAGACUAAAUGAUAACGGGUCUGGACCUAGUCUUCUCAUGAAGGUCUGUGCGGAGCGUGGAUGGCGCAUAUACCAGGGUGGCGGUGACGAUCGUUGGAACCUGUGGUGGAGGACCAGUGCCUUCCCCGCUGCCAGCUAUAAGACUUUAGGAGACUGGCAGUUUAUGAACCACAUUCCUAAGGGAGGAUCGAUAUGCCGGAAGGAUAGUCUGUCGCGGCUUCUGCGCUGCAUGAGGAGAAUAUACGGAUCUAUUUACGACUUUAGUCCGCCAUGCUUCCAUCUACCUUUGGAAUACGCGAAGUUGGUGUCUGAAUGUUCUCGUCUGCGUCACGCAGAGGAUGGCUCAGGCUCCAACGUGGUUUGGAUACACAAGCCCGUCGCGCAGAGUCAAGGACGGGGGAUAUUCUUGUUUCGGAGCGUGUGCGAGAUGCGUUGCGGGAGUGCCGCGGUGGUGCAACGGUACAUUGAGCGCCCUCUGCUGGUCGCCGGCUACAAAUUUGACCUCCGCCUGUACGUUUGCGUGCCGGGUUAUCGCCCGCUUACAGCAUACAUGUACGCAGAAGGACUGGCUAGGUUUGGAACAGACAAGUAUACGUUAUCGGACAUUCACAAUCCCUACAGACAUCUAACUAAUUCAUCGCUGAACAAAACAGGACCGCGAUAUGCUGAGUGCAAGGAUAGAAUUGGUAGCGGCUGCAAGUGGACAUUGAAACAAGUGCGUCGCGCGCUGGUGGGCCGCUGGGGCGCGGUGGAGUGGCUGGUAUGGCAGCGCGUGCGGGCCCUCGUCACGCUCACGUUGCUGGCCCAGGCGGCCGGCACGCCCCCUGCCAGGAACUGCUUCGAGUUCUACGGCUUUGAUGUACUGCUAGACGAGUCUAUGAAGCCCUGGUUACUUGAGGUGAACCUGUCUCCGGCGCUGGCUGCGGACUGCGAGGCGGAUGUAGCAGUGAAGCAGCCUAUGCUGCACGAGCUGUUUGACCUGCUCGGUAUGCCCAUGCGGCACACUGGUCUAUCCUUGCUGCAGGGACCUCCCACAGUAGUCAAUAGUUGUAGUUCAGAGGACGAGAGCGGUGCGCACCGUGAGCCGCGCGUGGCGAGUACGCGACGCGGCGCGCGAUUCCGCCGGCGACAAGCAAUGCCCAUACAUUGCAUCACCCUGCAGCAUCCCACAGUUGAUUACAGCAACAAAAACAAUCAUUCGGUACGCCUCAAUAAUUCAUUAAUCGAAACAAGCCCUGAAAUGCCGAAAUCACAGUCGUCGUCAAGCGUUGGGGGCGGCGACUGCGACGAGACGUGGCGCGGCGGUUACGCGACGGCGGCGAGCCGGCGACGUGCUCUCGACGCCAGCACGUGGGGCAACGGCGUGCGCUGGCACCGCGCGCCCGCACGCCUUGGUCACUGGGUCAGGAUAUACCCGCACACUCUGCCGCAGGACGAACUACAACUGUCAGUGGAAGAGGCAAGAGAUAGUGUGGCGCAUGUAUCCAAGUUGCUACGAGCGGCGAGGGAGGUCGUCAAGGAGAGUGGGCGCGACAUGCGGGCGCCGAGGGACUCCGCACGUGACGCCGCCUUCGAGACCUCGCUGCGGAAGAAGCUUGGCUACGGAUCGCAUUUUGAAGUCUGGCUUCCUCCCUUCUAAUGUGUUCAAACGUGAAGUUAUUUAAUUGUAAGAUAUACUAAUAAAACUCUUAAGUGAUUCA